CGUGCGGCAGCGGCCAUGGCGGCGAUGUUUGCAUGAGCAUCAUGUUCACUGACACUGGAGUGCCUUUGCGCGGCAAUACAUGCGGCGACAAGCAGUACACCCUCAUCUGCAGGUGCAGUCUACUGCCCAAUGGCUUCAGAAGGGAAUCUCCGACAGGCGGCGGCUGUAUGGCUAUCCACGCUGGUAGAGGGCAGGCGACGGCUCCAGGAUCUGGUGCAUCUUCUCUCUUCACCUUCUCUGCUUCCACCAGAGGUUGUUGGGGGACCGGUCUCGGCGGCGAGAUGGGUGGCGACAGUGAUGCAGCAGAUGCUGGAGACUAUCUGGGUGAUGGAGGUGGGGCCAGCGCCUGAGCUGGACGAAUUUGUUGAUUGGUGCCAGACUGAUGCUCUGCUAAGCGAGUGUUACACGCUUCUCGAUGAAAGGGCCAAGCAGGGAGCUGACAUGGCCAGGCGCUCAGGGGGGAAGCUGCCAAUAUCCAUGUUGGCGGAGGUUGUCACCAGUAUCAACUCCAACAACUCCAUUAUCUACCACACUAUCACAAACUAUAUCGAGUUCAACACCUUUGUCAAUGACAGUUGCCCCAUCGCUUGUUACAGCGCUUUCACACGAUUUGGGGCAUCCUUCAUCAAUUACUUCGAGAUCAAUACCUUUGUCAAUGACAGUUGCCCCAUCGCUCAUCACAGUGCUUUCACAUGACUUGGGGCAUCUUCCAGCCCUAAUGGGAAGAGGCGUGCGUAUAAGUGUUGUAAUCAAUUUCAUAAUUGGAG